UGUACCACAACAACAACAACAUGGAGGCGGCUCAGCUGGUACAGGGAGAGUCCUCAGUCUCCCUCGACACUGCUGUCUUUGUUUUCUCACUCUUUGAUACUGGGGCUUUAUUGUUUUUACUAGUGUAUUAUGUAAUAACAUUGUCUGACUUGGAGUGUGACUACCUGAAUGCUCAACAAUGCUGCUACAGGCUGAACGUUUGGGUCAUCCCCAAGAUUGGAGCACAUGUUGUAUUGUCCCUUGUGUUCCUCCUGACGGGCCACUACUACCUCCUCUUGGCCUCCAUUCCCCUUGCUGUGUUCCUCAUCCGCGAGUAUGUGAAGGUGCCAACCGGGAACUUUGGAGUGUACGACCCAACAGAGAUUCACCGCAUGGGUCAACUGAAGACCCACAUGAGAGAUGCUGUCAUUGGUCUUGCAUACUACUUGGUCUUCUUUUUUAUUUGUUUGUAUUG